AACACUCUUGUGGCGCCGAUUUCACGGCACUUGAAUAAAAUAAAAAAAUUAUACACAAAUUCCCACCCAAAAAUAUGCUUAUUUCCAACCUCUUUUUCUUUCUCCCUUGUUUGGCUCCCAAUAAACUAGUGUACACACUUGAGCUUUAGCCUUGAGCAUAGAACCCUGACUCAUUUAGCCACCCUACCACCUCCAUUCCCCAAACACUCCCUUAAGUUUCUCGCUUCCUCUCUCCUCACAUCAAGAAUCCAAGACAAACAUGUAGUAAAAAUCUACAUUUCAAAACUCAAAAGUCAUAAAAUAUUUCCUUUUCUUCUCUUAAAUCACUAGAAUUUGUUCACCAUUGUCAACUCAAAGUUCAGGCCUCGCCAUUUCCGGUAAGAAGCUCUUGCGUUAUCCUCGUUAGAUUCAGUAAAAAUAAGUUCACUUUGGCAAAGAGUUUAUCUCUCUAUUCAAGUUUAAUUUUUGGUAAACCUACAGUAGUUAGUAGUAGUAGUAGACUAGUAGUUGUUGUUGUUGUUGUUGUUGUUGUUGUUGUUGUUGUUGUUUUGCACAUGCACUCAGUGCAACAACACAUUUGUGUAAAGUUUAAGCAUGAAAGAGAUAAGCAUGGUCGCCUUGUAAAAGCUCUCAUAUUUAAUUUGGAAUUUCAAGGUUGAAGAAUUGAUGGAGACUUUCAAAUUUGCAUUAUUCCAUAUUUUAACAGUUUCAAUGAUUUGGUUAGUAUCAGUUUCAAGCUUGUCACCAGAUGGGCAAGCAUUACUGUCUCUUCUAUCAGCUGCAGACCCAGUUUCAAAAUCAUCUUCUGCAGUAUUAUCAACAUGGGAGCCUUCCUCUGCAACACCAUGUUCAUGGGAAGGCAUCACUUGUUCACCACAACAAACUGUCAUUUCUCUCUCUCUCCCAAACAUCUUCCUUAACCUGUCUUCUAUCCCACUCCAUCUCUCCUCCCUUGCCUCGCUGCAACUCCUCAACCUGUCCACCACCAACAUCUCCGGUUCCAUCCCUCCAUCUUUCGGCCUCUUUUCGCAUCUUCGUCUCCUCGACCUCUCCGAUAAUAAUCUCUCUGGCUCCAUCCCUAAAGAACUUGGGAAACUGUCUUCUCUCCAGUUUCUUUACUUGAAUUCCAACAAGCUUUCUGGUAAAGUCCCACCUCAGCUUUCUAACCUCACCUCUUUGCAAGUACUUUGCCUACAAGAUAACCUUCUCAAUGGGUCAAUACCUUCUCAGUUGGCUUCUUUAAUGUCACUUCAGCAGUUUAGGUUAGGGGGUAACCCUUAUUUAACAGGACAGAUUCCUCAUCAGUUAGGUCUACUUGCUAAUCUCACCACAUUUGGGGUUGCUGCAACUGGUUUAUCAGGUGUCUUGCCCUCUGCAUUUGGGAACCUUGUCAACUUAGAGACCCUUGCUGUGUAUGACACUGACAUUUCGGGGUCCAUUCCACCUGAGCUGGGUUCGUGUUUACAGCUCACUAAUUUGUAUUUGCAUAUGAAUAAGAUGACGGGUAAUAUUCCCCCUCAGUUGGGGAGGCUCUGGAAGCUCACUAGCUUACUUCUGUGGGGGAAUUCUCUGACUGGAAGUAUUCCGGCUGAGCUAUCCAACUGUUCAGCAUUGGUUGUGCUUGAUUUAUCGGCAAACAAUCUGUCUGGGGAGAUUCCUGCUGAUUUGGGGAAGUUGCUACUGUUACAGCAGCUUCAUCUGUCUGACAAUUCACUUUCAGGUUCAAUUCCCUCGGAGAUGAGCAACUGCACUAGUCUGACUACUCUGCAGUUGGAUAAGAACCAACUCACAGGCUCAAUUCCUCCGCAGAUUGGUGAUCUUAAGUACUUGCAGAGCUUCUUCUUGUGGGGGAACUCGGUAUCUGGGACUAUUCCAGCUGAGUUUGGUAAUUGCAGUGAACUUUACACACUUGAUCUUUCCAGGAAUAAGCUCACUGGUUUGAUCCCAGAGGAGAUAUUCAGGUUGAAGAAACUCAGCAAGCUUAUGUUGCUUGGGAAUUCAUUGAUUGGUGGUUUGUCUCCAGGUGUUGCAAAUUGUGAGUCUUUGGUGAGAUUGAGGCUCGGAGAAAAUCAGCUUUCUGGGCAGAUUCCAAAAGAGAUAGGACAGUUGCAGAAUCUUGUGUUUCUUGACUUGUACAUGAAUCAUUUUUCUGGUGGUAUUCCUCAUGAGAUUGGUAAUAUCACUGUGCUUGAGCUGCUUGAUUUACACAAUAAUCAUCUGACAGGAGAGAUUCCGGCUGAAUUGGGAGAGCUAGUAAACCUUGAGCAGCUUGAUCUAAGUAGAAACAGCUUCUCAGGAAAAGUUCCUGUGAGUUUUGGGAAUUUCAGCUACCUGGAUAAACUCGUCCUUAACAACAAUUUAUUAUCAGGGCAAAUUCCGAAAUCUAUCAGAAACUUGCAGAAGCUUACACUACUGGAUUUGAGCUUCAAUAACAUCUCAGGAACAAUCCCACCUGAAAUCGGCUACUUGACAAGCUUAUCCAUUAGCUUGGACUUAAGUUAUAAUGCUUUAAGUGGUCAAAUACCUGAGCCAAUAUCUAGUUUGACACAACUACAAUCUCUAGAUCUUUCUCAUAACAUGCUUUAUGGGAAAAUCGUCAUCCUUGGUUUUUUGACAAGCCUCACUUCCUUGAAUAUCUCUUGCAACAACUUCUCAGGCCCGAUUCCUGUUACCCCAUUUUUCAAAACCUUAAGCUCAAAUUCCUUCCUAGAGAAUAAGAACCUUUGCCAAUCUCUUGAUGGUGUCUCAUGCUCUUCGGGUAUUUCGAGGAAAAACGGGUUGAAAUCUGCCAAAACAGUUGCUCUGAUAUUUGUGAUCCUGACAUCAGUUACCAUUGCACUUGCAGUCUCAUGGAUGGUUGUCACAAGAAACCGCAGGUACAUAGUGCAGAAUUCAGGUGGUAACUCUGCUGCUGCAGCAGGUCCAGAUGAUUUCUCCUAUCCAUGGACAUUCAUUCCUUUCCAAAAGUUCGGUUUCACUAUUGACAACAUAUUAGAGUGUUUGAAAGAUGAAAAUAUCAUUGGGAAAGGGUGUUCAGGUGUUGUCUAUAAGGCAGAUAUGCCCAGUGGAGAGCUGAUUGCUGUUAAAAAACUGUGGAAAACAAAGAAAGAAGAUGAAGUAAUAGAUUCUUUUACUGCAGAAAUCCAGAUUCUUGGGCAUAUUCGACAUCGAAAUAUUGUAAAGCUCUUGGGUUAUUGUUCAAAUAAGAAAGUGAAGCUAUUGCUAUAUAAUUUUGUUUCAAAUGGGAAUUUGCAGCAGUUGUUACAGAAUAACAGGAACUUGGACUGGGAAACAAGGUACAAGAUUGCUGUUGGAUCAGCUCAAGGUCUUGCUUAUCUUCAUCACGAUUGUGUGCCGUCGAUCAUCCACAGAGAUGUCAAGUGCAAUAACAUACUUUUGGAUGCCAAGUGUGAAGCUUAUCUCGCAGAUUUUGGAUUGGCUAAGCUCAUGCAUUCCCCUACCUAUCACCACGCCAUCUCUAAAGUUGCCGGAUCUUAUGGAUAUAUAGCUCCAGUUGUGAUAUGGGUUGCAGAGUAUGGUUACACCAUGAACAUAACAGAAAAGAGCGACGUAUACAGUUAUGGAGUAGUCCUUCUGGAAAUCCUAAGCGGACGGAGUGCUAUAGAAAACCAGGUGAUGGGAGACGGACAACACAUAGUUGAGUGGGUGAAGAAGAAAAUGGGAAGCUUUGAACCAGCAGUAUCAGUACUAGACGCUAAACUUCAAGGACUACCAGAUCAAUUGGUGCAAGAGAUGCUUCAAACACUCGGCAUUGCAAUGUUCUGCGUCAACUCGGCACCAUCAGAAAGGCCAACCAUGAAGGAAGUAGUAGCCUUGCUUAUGGAGGUCAAAACAACUCCUGAAGAAUUGGGAAAAACUUCUCAACCUCUAAUAAACCACCCUUCAAUUCACAACUAAUUCUUUUCUUUUCUUUUCUUUUCUUUUUUACCUUAACGUACUAGUCAUUUUGAAACAUAUAUGUGGUCAUUAUUUACCAUUUCACAUCAUUUACCACAUAGGCCAAGAUUAGAAUAACCUUAGCUACUUUGACUCUGAAGGUUGCUCAAUCAUGAAAUAUUUUUGUACAGCUUUCUAGGAACUACCAAUGGUUGUUAAGUUCCUUCAUGUUCUUCUGCUCUA